CCCCGGCCGUCUUCUCCAGGAGGCUCUGUGGCUCUAUUGAGAAUCAUGCUCGGGCAGCUCGUCUGUUGGCACCUGCUGGCUUUGUUUUUUCUCCCAUUUUGCCUGUGUCAAGAUGAAUACAUGGAGUCUCCACCAACGGGAGGACUACCUCCAGACUGCAGCAAGUGUUGCCAUGGAGAUUACAGCUUCCGAGGCUACCAAGGGCCACCUGGACCUCCCGGACCCCCUGGCAUUCCAGGAAACCAUGGGAACAAUGGCAAUAACGGAGCCACUGGCCAUGAAGGGGCCAAAGGUGAGAAAGGAGACAAAGGCGACCUGGGGCCGAGAGGGGAACGGGGGCAGCAUGGCCCCAAAGGAGAGAAGGGCCACCCAGGGAUUCCACCGGAACUGCAGAUUGCAUUCAUGGCUUCUCUGGCAACUCACUUCAGUAAUCAGAACAGUGGGAUUAUCUUCAGCAGUGUUGAGACCAACAUCGGAAACUUCUUUGAUGUCAUGACUGGUAGAUUUGGGGCCCCAUUGGUGCCUUUUUCUCUUUCCAGCUAUGAAACAAAGGGGAAAUCAGAUACAUCCAGCAAUCAUGCAGUGCUGAAACUGGCCAAAGGAGACGAGGUCUGGCUGAGGAUGGGCAAUGGAGCUCUUCACGGGGACCAUCAACGUUUUUCUACCUUUGCAGGCUUCCUGCUCUUUGAAACUAAGUAAAUAUUUGAAUAGACCAGAUCCGCUUUGGAGAAGACUUGUAGCUCAGCUGGUAUUGUUACGAUCUGAGGGACAUAAGAGUUGAGGGUUCUACAUGUGCGUUUUUUAAUUUUUUGUAUUGGUUACAUUGCUAAUCAUGCUAGAAGCACAGCAUUAAUGUGGGAUGACUCAGGGGCUCAGAAAAAUAAACCACAAAACAGCUUUCCCAAGUGAUCUUCACUAGUAUACUUAGCACCUGUAUCACUCUUCCUUAGGCACCUGAAAGAAAAUUCCCCUCUUGAUACAGGUUGUAAACAAUUGUUCUCAUCAGAGGAACCAUUCACAAAGAGUUUUGGCUGUUCUGUUUUUAACUUAAUAGCAGGUUUCAGGAACCCCUGAGGUUUUGGGUUCAUCAUUAUAACUUUUCGAAGAAUAGGAUGCAGUGACUAUGAUGGGGCCCAGGCAAGAACAGGGGCACUUGCCAGAACUGAGGUACCAGAAACCUUUGUAAACCUAAACUGGGAAGUAACACUUUGAUCUAGUGGGUCAAUACUAAUGAAUAAAGUAUAGAUAGUUUUUAGUAACUCCAGAUAGAUUUUAGAUAGCAGAAGUAUUCACAAUGCCCACAAAUAAUGAUGGCUUCUUUUUUAAAUAAGGAUAUUGCCGCAAUUAAAUCUUAACUCCUAAUAGCUUGUAUUUUUGGAAAUAGAUUUUUCUCAUGAUCCAGGAUUGAGUUUACCAAAUUGGUUUAUCAGAUUGACUCUUUUCCCUUGUGUUUCUUAGAUUAUGACAGAUCUGUGUUCACGCUACCUGCAGAACCAGCUGAGGUGAGUUUAGGUCCAACAUCAUACAGAUAGAAUCACCUUCUUUUCUCUCAAUUUAGAAAUUAUCCUAAUAAACUUUACACACACUGACAAAUCGUGUUAAAGGAGGUGUAGACUCAGUUAUAUACAGUCAAAAUAAUAGAUACAAAAUAGGAGACAUGCAAUAAAAUCCCAACCUUUUUAAAUAAAAAAUGAUAUGACUUCCUGGAUUACCAUAUUUAACCAAUAUUCACACAACAGCUGUACCAUUUGACUUUUGCCUAUCCCUCCCCCAAAAAUCUAUUCUCAGAGGAUUAAAUCAGUCACCAAAAGGAUAUUCAUGAGAAUGCACCAUAGAUACUCUCUGAAGAUAGUACCAAAGAUAGUACCCCAAAUUGGUCUUUUUUAAGCAAAGAAAGCAUCACUGGAACACAUAUUUACCCUGAUGUUGAAUCAUAUUGAAAAUGCACUAGAGAGACACAUAUUUGACAAAUAUCAUAUAAUGAAUACCCUUAGAAGUAAUGGGCCCUUAAUUUAUUUUCUGUUACCAUUUGAAUUUCCACAGAGGCUUUUUUAACUAUGGGUUUACUUGUAUCGAAUACCCCUAUAGCUGGAAGCAGAGAGAAUCAAUUAGGGCUGCCCUAUUAGCCAACUUAGUGUGUUUCAUGCUCAGUUCAGCCUUUGACACUUUUCUUUUGAUCUGCAAAUAUUUUUAAAUUCUUCCUGAAUCCACAUGCAAUGCUAUUUAAAAGUGAAUGGAUAUUAGCUAUAAUGUGCUUGACUGGUAAUGCUUUUGUGGUUUUGUAUACAUCCCCACCCCCCACCCCUUCCUCCGGAGCUGUGGAGUCAUGGGGUUGAAGUUUACAAUUACCAAAUGUCAUAAAUAUUUAAUAACAGUGCAUUGCCAGUAGAUAGUUGGACGGUGCAUGCUGUCCAAAGUAAUUCCACAUCUAAAGAACAUAUUGUAAAAGUACAGUGCCUAGAGCAGGAUUAUAUUGUCCUGGCUUUAGACAAAAUUGA